AUGCUACGGUGUCCUCGGCGGCAGGGGAUAGGUACUAGAGUAGGACAGGUGCCAGUAUUGGUAGAUUGCAUGUCCAGUCGCGUGUGCAGUUCAGUUUUGCGCCCAUGGUCUGUCUCCCCGACGGCAUGGCUCAAGCGUGGCGGGAGCACCUGGGCCUGGGCCAUGGCAGAAUGUAUUGUAGGUGCAGAAGUACAGAGCCAGACCCCUGGAAAGCUCAACGUAAAAAAGUUUUGGUUGCACCUGGCCGUGCCGACACCGGCGGGGCAGGGGGCCAGCCGUGUGCUGACCGUCUUCAAUGACAAAGUUCAAGAUAACCCGCCAACCGCCUCGAGUCGCCGGAGCCCGCGCGAAGUCACGUGCAAACGCCCCCGCGACACCGUCUCCUGUUGCCUGAUUGGCGGAUUCUCUUAUCAGUCGAAAAACAGACACCAUGCUUUGUAUACCGACUUAUGA